AUGGCUCGUGUUAGCUUAGUCAUAAUUAUUACCCAACAUCACCCCGUACUUGAUUUCUAUCAGCAUCCCUUGAACUCUUCCACUAGAGAUAAUAGAGAAGACGUGUCUCAUCUGGCAGUUCUGGUUUUAUCGACCCUCAAAGCUAGGGAGGAUGGUAUUGCAAGAAUAGCCCGGUCAAUCUUUGGAUCUCUGGGUCCAACUGUUGUUAGGGUCAGCCGGAAUCAUGUUAUUAAAGGACCGUGCCAGCUCCCAGAACUUGAAGCACUUCUCUACAUUUCAGAACACACCACCAUCCCAGUUCCUCGAGUCAAGUGCACCUACGAUGGGCCGGGAGGCAUUUAUAUUAUGAUGGACCACAUUCAAGGCACAGAUCUUGAAACCCUGUGGAUGCGCGGCCUGGAGCCCCAGGAAAAGGACACCAUCAUCAACGAUAUUGCGGCUAUCUUAAGCCAACUCCGAGCACUUACUCCCCCAGAAGAAGGAAUAGUUGCAUCCGCGCAGGGCGGUGCCAUUCUUGAUCAUCGCAUCGGUAGUCAACCGGUUGGCCCAUUUAAGUCCCAUUCCAGCUUCCACGCUUUUUUACGGGGCGGCGUUCCACUGGAAAACACUGCCAAAAUUUAUGGGGACGAAGUUGCAUCCUGCCAUAGCAACAACUAUCUGACGUUUUUCUCACAUUCGGAUUUAGCCCCGCGGAAUAUUAUCAUACGCCAUGGCAGAAUUGUGGGAGUCGUGGACUGGGAACUUGCAGGCUGGUACCCAGAGUACUGGGAUCUAACAAAGGCCUAUUACAGUUCAUUUAAGGUGCCAGACUGGCCUGAGAGCAUCAAACCGAAGCUUCCUUCAUACGCGGACGAGCUCAUGGCAGAACGCCUUCUUUGGAGGCUGUAUGACGAACCAGGGAAUGUUUCGGGAAACUAG